AUGGACGAAGGGAACACCAACAUCACCAAGAUGCUCGAGGCUCUGCUCGCCAAGAUCGACGACCAGAAGGCGGUACACGAGAAGCAGAUCAAGCUGCAGGCCGCCUUCAACGCCCAGAUCUCGCAGGAGGUGCGCGGGCUCUCGCGGCAGAUCGAUCUGACCCAAGCGGACCUCGAUCUCAUGCGCAAGACGGUGGAAGGGUCGGCUUCCCCAACGGGCUCGGUCACCACGCACCUUCACCAGCCCGUCCACCCGCAGCAGCAACCUCCUCCGCCUCCUCCUCCUCCACCGUCCCCGCGCCCCGUGCCGGAUCCAGCGCGGUCGUCUUCCUCGCACGCACGCCUGGGCGACCACCGGCCGCCACUCCUACCUGUGCCGCCACAGGGCGGAUUCGUCGCCGCGGCGACCACGUCAUCGACGGGCUACCACACCAACGAGUACCACAAGCCGCCGAAGCACGACUUCCCCAAGUCCGACGGCACGACGCCAUAG